UGAAUGGAUAUAGAAAUGGAUAAAUACUUUAGUCUAUGGAUAUAUAUUAUCAUUGCUUGUUCUUAUACAGAGUGCUGAUUGAUGAUAUUUCUUAGCCUGUCUAUAGCUGCAGGAUGACAACAUCAACACCACUUAUCAAAGAAAUUAAAUCAAAAAUAAUCAGCUUCUCUGCUCAUACUCAUAUUGCACUCUUUAUGGUCACCCUUAUUCAAUACAAUAAUAUAUCUCAUCCCUUGACGCAGAUCUUCUGCUUCGCUUCUUUUUUAAUCCGCCACGUGAAGGGAUCUUCUCCUGUUUCGUCUUUGCCCAGACCAAAAGUCUCCAUUCGGCACGCGACACCUCGUUCACCACCACCAUGCACCGGUUUCUCUAACUACCUCGCCAAUUGAAGUCCAUUCUAUCGAGGCCCCUUCUUCCUGUUACCCUAUGGGACUUCGGUCCUAGUCUGCAUGACACGCAAGCGACCGUUGGCAAGACACAGCG